AUGGUCGACUUCCCCAAAUCCCUCUCCCCCAAACGCGUCCUCAAACUCCUCCAAGCCGAGAAGAACACCCACUCCGCCCUCGCCCUCCUCGACUCCGCCACCCGCCACCCCAACUACUCCCACUCCCCGGACGUCUUCCACCACAUUCUCCGCCGCCUCUUCCACCCCAACCUCGUCUCCCACGUCACCCGGGUCCUCCAGCUCAUCCGGACCCAGAAAUGCCAAUGCCCCGAGGACGUGGCACUCACUGUGAUCAAAGCCUAUACCAAAAACUCAAUGCCGGAUAAAGCUCUGGAAAUCUUUCAUCAAAUGCGCGAGAUUUUCGGGUGCGAGCCCGGUAUCCGGUCCUACAAUGCUUUGCUGAAUGCCUUCAUAGAGUCGAAUCAGUGGGACCGGGCCGAGCAGUUGUUUGCCUAUUUCGAAACGGUGGGGUUGGUCCCCAAUUUGCAGACUUACAACACUUUGAUUAAGAUUUCGUGCAAGAAGAGGCAGUUUGAGAAGGCGAGACGGUUGCUGGAUUGGAUGUGGGAGAAGGGUUUGAAGCCUGAUGUGAUGAGUUACGGAGUUUUGAUCAAUGCGCUUGCGAAAAAUGGGAAGAUGGGGGAUGCAUUGGAGGUGUUCGACGAAAUGCCUGAGAGAGGAGUGAGUCCUGAUGUCAUGUGUUAUAAUAUUUUGAUUGAUGGGUGGUUUCGGAGAGGGGAUUACGCGGAGGCGAAGGAGGUUUGGGAGAGGUUGGUGAUGGACUCGGGGGCGUAUCCAAAUGUUGUUAGUUAUAAUGUGAUGAUUAGUGGGUUGUGCAAGUGCGGGAGGUUUGGUGAGAGUUUGGAGAUAUGGGAUAGGAUGAAGAGGAAUGAAAGAGGGUGUGAUUUGUUCACUUGUAGUUCUUUGAUCAACGGGUUGUGUAAAGCGGGGAAUGUGGAUGAGGCGGAGAUAGUUUAUAAGGAUAUGGUUGGGAAGGGAGUGAUGCCGGAUGUGGUUGUGUAUAAUGCAAUGCUCAAUGGAUUCUGCCGAGAUGGGAAGAUUGGUGAGUGUUUUGAGUUGUGGGAGGUGAUGGAGAAGGGUGGUUGUCGUAAUGUUGUGAGUUAUAACAUAUUGAUCAGAGGGUUGUUUGAGAAUGGGAAGGUGGAGGAAGCAAUGUCUGUCUGGGAAUUGAUGCAUGAGAAGGCUUGCGUUGCGGAUUCCACAACGUAUGGAGUAUUAAUUCAUGGACUGUGUAAGAAUGGUUACUUGAACAAGGCUCUGUUGAUUUUAAAAGAGGCAGAAAAUGCAGGAGCUGAUCUCGAUAUCUUUGCAUAUUCCUCAUUGAUUAAUUGGUUAUGCAAAGAAGGGAGACUAGAUGAAGCAGCCAGGCUACUUGAUCAGAUGGCCAAGUGUGGCUAUAAACCAAAUCUUCAUGUCUGCAAUUCGUUGAUAUAUGGCUUUAUCCAAGUUUCCAAACUUGAAGAUGCAAUUUGUUUUUUCAAGGCAAUGUCCACCAAGUACUGCUCUCCAAAUGUUGUCUCCUAUAAUACUCUGAUAAAUGGCUUGUGCAAAGUCAGAAGAUAUAGCGAUGCAUAUGUGUUUGUGAAGGAAAUGCUGGAGAAAGGCUUGAAGCUAGACGUGAUCACAUAUAGUCUGUUGAUUGAUGGCCUUUGUCAAGGCAGGAAGAUUGACAUGGCCCUCAAUUUGUGGAAUCAAGCCCUUGACAAGGGAUUUGAGCCUGAUGUAACUAUGUACAACAUUAUGAUUCAUGGACUUUGCUCUGCAGGCAAAGCUGAAGGUGCUUUGCAGCUAUAUUUUCAGAUGGGGUGUCGGAAUUGUGAUCCGAAUCUUGUGACGCACAACACCCUAAUGGAAGGUUUUUACAAAAUUAGAGACUGUGGAAAGGCAUCUCAAAUUUGGGCUCGCAUUUUAAAGGUUGGGCUACGACCAGAUAUAAUUUCCUAUAAUAUCACUCUCAAAGGGCUUUGUUCAAGCAGUAGAAUAUCAGAUGCUGUUGGGUACUUGGAAAAAGCUUUGCAUCAUGGAGUUCUUCCAACUCAUAUAACGUGGCACAUACUUGUUAGAGCAGUGGUCAACGAUAGGGCCACUUCACAGUCUUCUUGGGGUUAA